AUGCUGAAAACUAUCCUCCAGCUUCAGCAAUGACCUAGUUCACUCAAGGGCAGGGAAAAAUGCUCCGCUUCCAGCCCUGACCUGGGCACAGAGCUUUCCCCUUUAGCAAGACUGGAGCUUUUUCUGAAAACACAACCAGGUGGGCUUUGAUGCGUUUGUGGAAAAGAUCCUGACCCCUGUGACUCCUUUGAAUCUUCGUCCCAGGAGCAGGAACACCCACCCAAUGCCUCCCACACAGCCCGGGGAGCCCACCGCCAAAGCAGCCCUCCAAGCCCAGCCCUUGGACAAAGUAUAUUAAAAAAUUCGUGUGGCAGAAGAGGAUGACAGAUCCUGGCGGGUCCCCACGGCACACACUGUGCUUUUUGUCUACUUUGCUCUCCCAGAAGGUUCUGGAACAGUCUGACACUGUGCUUCGCUGCAUAGUAUCUGGUCAGCCCAAGCCAGAGGUAACAUGGUAUAAGAAUGGUCAAGCCAUUGAUGACAGUGCCAUGGUUUCGAGUUAUGAGUUCUUUGAGAACCAAUACAUUCAUCUGUUACAUCUCCCUUGCUGUACGGCGGACGAUGCUGCUGUCUACCAGGUCUCGGCUAAGAACUGCUUCGGCAUGAUCUGCUGCUCCGCUUCUGUCGAGGUCCAGUGUGUGGCAGAGAAGGCCCAAGUUUCUUCUAAUCUGGAAAAUGCCAGGGACGCAGGUUGGGGACAAGACUCGGGGACCUGCAAAGAGCCAGGGGCAGAUCAGACUGACGGGGAAGAGUAUUUUUGGGAGGAAGGAGGAAGCAGCUCCCGGGGUACGCCCUCACCCACUGAUUCCUCCCCCGAUGAACUCAGCUGUCCCCACUCACUCCAGCUAUGGGCCGCUGAGGACACUCAAGCAUCCAGUUCUGGAACUUUCCCCGAUCUUAAAGACACAAGGCAAUGCAAGGAGGCUAACAAUGCCAGUGACCCGGAGAGCUUGGUAGAUGGGGUCUUUUUUCCUGCUUCAACAAAUACUCCUGAAAAACAAGAAGUGUGUUGCUGCCAGGCAAGGCAUUCCAGAGGAACAGAGGCGCUGUGUAGCAAGCUCCAUACCGAUGGCCCUGCUGAGGAAGACUCGUCCUCAGGUCUGCAGCAGCCCAGGGCACUCAAAUACAUCAGCUGCAGCCUGCCGCUGUCGGAGGUCAUUGCAGGUCUUGACCCAAGUGCUAGUGCCUCCGGCCCCGUGCAACUCAACCCGCAAGCUUCCAGCGAGGAUUCUGACAGUGACUAUGAACUCUGCCCAGAGAUAACCCUAACCUGCACGGAGGAGUUUUCAGAUGAUGACCUGGAGUAUCUGGAAUGUUCCGAUGUUAUGACAGAUUACUCUAAUGCAGUUUGGCAAAGGAAGGUGCAGGGGACGGAGUGUGUUUUUUUAUUAGAAAGCGAUGACGAAGAGGUGGAAUUCAGUGAGCAUGGCCUGGGUGGGCGUGAGCCUUUCCCUAAUGUAUUGGGUUGUGGGCCUCGGGUGUCAGGUGACAUCGGGCCUAUGGAUGCCACCCCUGGCUUCUGUGCUCAUCACUCACAAGCCCAAGGAGUGGGGACAAGAAGCAGCGGCGCCUCCAGGCCCAGUCCCCCAGCGCUGGGACCUCACCCAGCGGCGCUGUCCCUGCUGCUGGAACAGGGGAGCACUCCAGCACCCCCUGCAGCUCCUGAAAAUGAGUAUACAAGAAUUCAAGGGGAAACCAGAGACAGUCCUGAAGCAGAAGAGGAGCUGGCCAGCGACAGACUGCUAACCACGGAGCCUGCAGCGGCGGAGAUGGAGCCCGGGUCCUGGACUAGGGGGCCGGGGGUGAUGCAGUGCUCAGGGCCCAUGGCUGAGCCAAGUGUUGGGGAAAAGGACUCGGAGGGCAAGAGGGGCUCUCAGAAACCUCCCAGGAUGAGGCAGCUGGGGGCAAAGGGCAGGAACAGGAAGCUGAGUGCCAACCUGCCAGUAGCCUCACCAAAGCUGCUUCUUCCACAGCAGGCUGUGGAGCACCCACCCAUCUGGAGUACCGUCAGAGGAACCCCCCACACCAGGGCAGGCACUGCUGAUGGGACGGCCCACAUUCGUGCAGGAGAACAUGCCAGCCGGGCCCAGGCAGAGCACGAUGCAAAACGCCUUCCUACACCAGCAGUCUCACUCCCGCAAGGAGCGGAUGCAAGCCUGGUAGGAGAAGAACUGUGGGGGGAUAACCCAUUUGCAACAAGCCAGGUUCCAGUCCACGACGACCCUCUUCAGGUAAGGAGCAUCAUUAGCCAGCUGUCCUGGCAGGAUGACGAGCUGUGCUCACUGACACUGUAUGGAGUCCACAAGGGAAGCACUCCAUUGGCCCAAGUCCUGGAGGGAGAAAGCUGCGUUCAGAGCCCACAGCAGGAAGCCAGAUACAACAGAGAAGGCUAUGCAUCCAGAGGCUCCUGGAAAGGCCUAGAACAUGUACUGAGUGUUUCGGAAGUCAGUGAAGGAGGUGUGCCCCCAAGCACACUCUCACAUCCCUUCCUCUCAGCCUCUGGUGCUGACCCCAGAGGCCACAGAUUUCUCUCUGCUGCUUCCCCAGAAGCCACAGACACUGCCCUCACCUUGGAAACGGAGCGCCCUGGGUCAGUGGAAGGAGCAACGUGCGGGACAGAGUGUUCUGCAGCUGGUGGCACCAUGGCUUCUGUUGGAGCCCUGGACGGUAAAUAUUUGCCUCAAGAAAUUUGCUCCAUGGACUCAGAGCUGGCAGAAGGUCAAGGCACAGGCUCUGAUUUAUGUCCUCCUGACAACAGGACACUAGGUGUUCUUUUUCAAGGCCAAGUUUCUGAGGCUCUACAGGCUCCAUGCACAGCGUCCCCUGUACUUGUCAGCACCUUCACCUGGACCCUCUCCCGCGAGAACAGUGAGGUUGACGCAGAGGACAACCUAGGCACAGUGGAGAAGUCCAUUUCUGCCUUGGCCCCCACAGUGCAGGCUGCCCAGGAUGAGCUGAGCCCCAGCACCUGGCAAGGCUUUGACAAAGCACAGCCCCUUCCUUCUGAGGAUAACUCUUGGAUGAAGUUUGAAGAAGAGGGUCACAAGAACCCUAGCGGCAAUGACCAGACCACACCAGCCUGUCAUAGUUCAUGCAUGGAGCAUCCUCAGGAGAUGCCAUCAACAUCACCAGCUAAUGCCAAGGGCCAUCCCCCAACGGCAGUGGCUGCCACCAAACACCAUGUGGUCAAAUACUGUGCUAUGUCCAUCGCUGAGAACGACCAUACACAUGGGGCCCAGAAGACCCCACUUGAGGAUACAGAUGAACGCACUGCCUAUCCACCUUCCCAUGGACAGGCAACACUUGCUGCACAGUGUCUCACAAAUGCACUGACACUAGAACAGUCUUGCAUGGUGGCCAGUGUCCCUGGAGUUCAAGGGCAUGUGCCUCAGCUUCCAGAGGGAGCAGGUGUCUGUAGCCAUGCCCCUCUUCACGUUGAUGGCCAGUCUGGGGAAAAGCACCAAACUACAGCCACAGUAGACAAUGGGCGGCUCGAAGACAAUUUCCAAGAAAGAGGAAGUGAAACAAAAUGGAGACAUGAACAGGAAAGUUUGCUCCACCCAGGUUCCCUCUCUGUAGAUGACUUCCAAGGAGCACCGUCCAUCAUGUCUGUUGCCCAGGAGGAAACACCCAUGAUGCGCUUGGACCACUCUCCUGCAAACUCCAGCAGAGAAGGAUGGCAGAGCCCAGGCCUGGGGACCAGCGGCUCUGGAGCCACAGAAGCCACUGUGAAGGCACCCAGCAGUCAGGCCUUGAGUACCAUCCCCUCUCUCGCUGACAUUCUCCUGGAGCUCCCUGGGGGGGCUGGCCUGGGAGGCUGGGAGGCAGGCAGAAAGCUCAAGAUCAUAACCCUAGAGGCUUCUCUGCCAGAGAGCUGGCCACCAAGACAAGUGUCCGAUUCUGAAUACCCAGAGUUGGAUGUCAGUCCCCAGAUUCCCAACCAGAGCCAGGCUGCACCUCAUGCUGUAGGAGCCAGUGUUGUUAUGUCUGAACUUGACCCCUCUGCAACUGCAGCAGUGGCUCACCAGCCCCGGGAUGUGUCUUCCUCAGUCCUUGCCAACAACAGAGAUCUGCAAAGAGGUGAAGGACUGGCUGGCAGCACACAGUGGGGAAGGCUCCCUUCCCAGUAUUCAAGCCAACCCCAACUGCUGGAGUCCUCUGUGGACCCUGUAGACAACAGGGAAGUAUGUGUCCGAGCUUUGCUAUCAGAGGUGCCCGAAACUGGGGCAAAGGAGCAUGUUAGCCACGUGAGUCGGGAUCUAGAAGAAACCCAACUCAGGCUUGCACGCUCUGCUGUCUCAUUCCAACGGCUGCUGAGCUGCCCAGGCAUUCUGGAAUCUUCUGUAGACCCCAUGGAUGUCUCCACAGUACUGGAGCAUGCCAGGACAGAAGGACCCAAGCCUUCUGAAGCCACACAGGGAGCUGUGGGACAGGAGAGUGAAUGGAACAAUGGAAACUUGGGCCAGAGGGUAGAGGUCCAACCUGCUCUUCUGAAAGUUCCACAUCCCCAGGAAGGCAAGGAAAUCAUUCCGUGUGAAACCAGCCUCAGCCGAGACCAAGGAGAUGGUGAGAGAUGGGCUGAGCACAAUGAGGCAGAUGCGCAAGUCCCACCUGCUGCUGGGCAGGCCCCACGUCCUGAUGAAGGCAGAGCAAGAAUUCCCUGGGGAAGCAGUGUAGGCCCAACAGAAGAAGGCACUGAUGGAAGCCUUGGGGGUGCAGAACACAGCAAAGUGGAUGGCUUAGACUGUGCUUGCCCAGCCUUGCCUCUGUCCAGCUGUCCUGCAGUAAUGAUGCCAGAGACACAUACCCUCCCAGGGCAAAAGCACGACAGCCCUGGAAAAGACAUUGUUGAGCCCCAAAGCCAUCAGUGUGCAUUUUCUGACCGGAAGGAAAGAGGAAUCAUUGAGAAGCAAUGUGAGAAAGAUGUGCCCUCGCCUAGUGACUUUACGCAGUCAUUCUGCACUUUGUCUCCGGAAAAAAACAUCACAUGCCUUUCCUUAAGCUGUAACACUGAAGAACUGAAAGCAGGGCAGCUUCAGAGUGGAGACAGCAACCCACCAAACUCAGCCAGCUCCCCGGCAAUGACCUUGGCAUUGGUUCCUAGGGAGUUUCGGUGUGAGUCGGAGAAAGCCCUUCAAUGUCCGCAGGCCCCAAGGGUGAAGGACUACAGCGUGGGCAGGGAGAGCAAGUCCGCCCGUGAGGCAGCACAACCUGGCAAGGUCCCAGCAGCCCCGCCAGCAGGGCCCAGGUCAGAGGAGGGCAAGAAGCUGCAGGAGCCCCCCAGAAGUGGACAUUUAACCGAAGGAGUUAAGAAGAAAAUCCUGUCCCGCGUGGCAGCCCUGCGGCUGAGAUUGGAAGAGAAAGAAAACGUUAGGAAAACCUCAAGUUUUCUUAAAACGACCCCUAAACCUGAAACGCUGUUGUCACACACAGAGGAGAAAAAACACCCCAGAAUGCCACCUGACAGCAGGGAAGGGAGAGCUCCGGUGUUACUGAGAAAGAUUCAAGCUGAGAUGUUCCCUAGCCACUCUGGAAAUGUCAAACUAAGCUGCCAGUUUGCAGAAAUCCAUGAAGAUUCUACCAUCUGGUGGACCAAAGAUUCAAAGCCAAUCACCCAAAUCCAAAGAAGUGCCGGGGACAACUCCACGGUCUCCCUGGCCAUCGUUCAAGCCAGCCAGAAGGACCAGGGCCUCUAUGACUGCAGCAUCGAGAACAGCCAUGGAAAAGCAGCAGCUCAGUUCAACCUCACGGCCGCAGUUCUCAAGCAGCUUUCAAGUCACCAGAACACUAAAGGCUGUGAAGAGAUUGAAUUCAGCCAGCUCCUCUUCAAGGAAGACUUCCUCAGUGACAGCUACUUUGGGGGCCGCCUACGUGGCCAGAUCGCCACGGAGGAGCUGCACUUCGGGGAAGGCGUGCACCGCAAAGCUUUCCGCAGCACUGUCAUGCGGGGCCUCACGCCCGUCUUCCAGCCAGGCCAUGCUUGUGUGCUCAAGGUACACAAUGCCAUUGCCUAUGGGACCAGAAACAAUGCAGAGCUCAUCCAGAAGAACUACCGGCUCGCAGCCCAGGAGUGCUAUGUUCAAAACACGGCCAGACACUACGCCAAGAUCUAUGCUGCGGAAGCACAGCCAUUGGAGGGCUUUGGAGAAGUGCCUGAGAUCAUUCCUAUUUUCCUCAUCCAUCGGCCCGAGAACAACAUCCCUUAUGCCACAGUAGAGGAAGAGCUGAUUGGAGAAUUUGUGAAGUAUUCCAUCAGAGAUGGGAAGGAAAUCAACUUCCUGAGAAGAGAAUCGGAGGCUGGGCAGAAAUGCUGUACUUUCCAGCACUGGGUCUACCAGAAAACCAGCGGCUGCCUCCUGGUCACAGACAUGCAGGGCGUGGGGAUGAAGUUAACUGACGUCGGCAUAGCUACGUUGGCCAAAGGGUACAAAGGGUUUAAAGGCAACUGCUCCAUGACCUUCAUUGACCAGUUCAAGGCCCUGCACCAGUGCAACAAGUACUGCAAGAUGCUGGGGCUGAAAUCUCUCCAAAACAACAGCCAGAAACAGAGGAGGCUGAGCCUAGGCAAGAGCAAAGCGCAGGGGAGCUCCACAGCAGCGAGGAAGCCAGGACCUGGGAGCCCAGCAGCAAAGACAACGUGAUGUGGCCAGUGCACUUGGUCUUCCAUGGGCGAAUACCACAGCAGCUCCCCUGACCCCAGCUGGCAGAACUUCAAGUAACUUCCGCACGCAGCACCCACUGUCCUUCCUUGUGGAAUGGUUUUGGCGCAGUGUUUCAGACCAGACUCUGGGAGAGCCUGUGUCAUUUGUCAGUCUACUCUCUGUGUAGCCGGCUAGCGUUUGCGCCCACCUCACGUCACGUGUGUGUCUGUGUAUUGCACGUAGCUGUGUUGUCGAGGACUUGGUACAGGGUCUAUCCACAGCCCGUGUCCCUCCCAUUUGCACUCCUGACCUCGGGAUCUUCAGGUGUACCCGGUUGCAAUGGGAACGGAAAUCACAAUUGCCUUACCAGGUCAAGCUCUCAUGCCUGUGUUGCGUAUGCCACCAUGGCUGGGUUGGCUUUUGUCACAUGAGGUUCUUCCCUUUG